GAAGAUGUUCGAGACCACGCUGACCCUGCCGCGCACCAGUGUGCUCACAGAACCACCCCUGGGCAGCGCCGGCGUUGGCGGAGCCGGGCCCUCUACAUCAACGGCAGCAGUCGCCGUUCAGACGACCAAGCGCCGACGACGACGCCGUAAUAAACGGCGCCGCAAGUCCUCACUGUCCAGCAGCACUGAUGCACCCACCUCCCGCACCUAUGAUCCCGUGAUGACGGGCAGCAGUCUCCGUUCAGCGGCAGCUGCGGUGGCUGCUUCGGUCAACGUGGGCACAGGGCCAGUGCGUCGGGGUCGGCACCGUAGCAGCGGCAGCGGAGUCAGCUCAUCAUCGCGGUCGGCACAGGGAACAGCAGCAGCAGCGUCGUCGGCGGCAGCAGCAGCAGCUGCAAGGGCGGCGGAGGAAGAGGACGCGACAGGGCAAGAAGAAGCGGAGGCGACAGAGCAAGAAGAACUAGAGGCCGGAACGAUGAGCGAUGGGAGCAGUGCGUCCAUGUUCGGGGAUCCGCAGGAUUUCUUUGAGACGCUCGACUAAAUUUAGAUUAUUUACAAUUCGUAGUAGGUUAAAUUUUGUUGUUACUUUUCCCGCGUUCUCAUUUAUUUCAAACAUAAUGCCCUUCUUUUAAUUGUUCGAGCGAGUAAUAUGCUAAAGAUGAUGAUUUCGGCGUGAUUUUUAAUAUUUUAACAUUUAUGCAACACAUAUUUUAUAUAGUCUCUCUCUAAGCGUAAAGUGUGUAAUAGUAUGAUGUAUCCUUAAAUUUCCCAACUGUGCUGCGACACGACACCUUCCAGAACUUCCUUCUCCACGCCCAAAAUAUAAUCUAGAAAGUGAACUAGUUAAGUGUUCAUCCAUCUAAUUAGCAUGUUGGAAUAGGAAACCCAUAGUUAACUGGUAUAAACGUAAACGUAGUAGACUCUCCUCCCCCUCGUUCAAAUAUUUCCCGAUUUCCAGUGUUUUCUCUGCGAUUUUCUCAUCAUCUUUGUGGCAAGACUAAGCGCGAGCAAAUGAAACAUUUCAAGUGUAAUAUUUUCUCUAUAGGGUUUAAGCAUAUUAAAUUUACUCUAUAUAUAUAUAAUGUAUACACAGAUCAGGCAAAGCAAGCGCAGAUAUACCAUUAAACUGGAUAAUCGUUUAAAAAUA